AUGCCGUCAAACAGCGAGGACCUCUACAACCAGCUGGGAGAGUCGUACGAGAAGAGCUACGGCGACAAUCCCGGUCAAGCCAAGAUCCUCGACAUCGUCUUACAGAAAAUACCCCCGAAAAGCAAAAUCCUCGAUGUCGGAUGCGGCACCGGGAAACCCAUGGCCGAGGGCUUCGCACAGGCCGGCCAUGAAGUUCACGGAAUCGAUAGCUCGCAGACCAUGAUCGACAUCGCAAGAAGCCAAGUCAAGGGCCAUUUCGAGAGAUGUAACAUGACUGAGUACAAAGCCCAGACUACCUUCGACGUUGUGCUCGGUAGCUUUUCCCUGUUCCACAUCACGCGCGAUGAAACGUACUCGAUGAUCUUCCGGUUUGCAGAAUGGCUGAAGCCGGGCGGCCUGUGUGUGAUGAACACGGUUCUGGCUGAUUAUCUCGUCAAAGAUCCGAAACUGUUUGAUGACUCGGGGGAAUGCGUGCGCCACUACCCGCACCCGUGGAUGGGCAACACGUACGACAUCACGCUAUUUACACGCACGGGCUGGAUAGAGAUGUUCGAGAAGGCGGGAUUGACGUUCGAGACUGAGGUUUAUGCUCCCUGGCCUGCGACCGAUCAGCAUGGGGAGGAGGAGCUUUACCUGUUAGUUCUCCGCAAGACACAAAAGGAACCGUUGUUUGGCCCCUAUCCUCUUCCGCCUAGUUAUGGAGGCCCUCGAAAGUUCAAUGCAGCUGGUGUAUUGGCCCUCGCUCAGCGAAUGGGUGGUAAUGAGACUUCACGUAUUGAGGAGCUUCUGAAAAAUUCCAAGAAGCUCCUGGAUAUGAAUGAACCGUGCAGGGAGAGUCUCCCUUACCCAGACAACCAAUUCGACACUGUAAUGGCAAAUUCGAGUCUCCAGUACGUCACUGACCUCGAUAAGUCACUACAUGAAAUGGCACGAGUAGUCGACUCUUCGAAUCCAGAAUCGUUCAUCAUCGUCACCCAACCAGGCCCUGACAGUAAGGUGAUGAAUUUGAUUAAUAAAGUCGCCGUCCCACUCAGCCAGGAUGCAAACUUUGACCACCACGGAAAGAUUCUCCACAGAGCAUCGGAGAUCUUCGCGGAGCACGGUUUUGGGAAUAUUACCGUUCGCAGGGUGGAGGAAGUUUGCAAUUUCCCGGAAAAAGACCUUUCCGCGCGCUGUUCCGAGGCGGCGAAGAUCCUUGCUGGGUUGUGGUUUAUCGAUGAUCCUGGCUACGAGAAGAUGCAGCAGGCGCUUAUUCCUGAACUGGAGCUGCAUUUCAGAGAUAGCCCCCAUGUCAUCGGCUAUCAGACAGUGACCCUGGUAGCGAGACCAACCAAGUCCUAGAUUCAUUUACUCCGC